AUGGGUCGCCCCCCUGGUCUGCCCCGCCUCCUCUCUGGUCCCCCCAAUGGUCGACCCCUGGUUGCCCCGGCCUUCUCUCAGGUCACCCCUGGUGCCCCCUGGUUCUGCCAGCUUUGCCCGUCAACCCUGGUCGCCCACCUGGGGUCGCCAGCCUCUCUCACACAGGUCCCUUGGGUCGCCCCUGGUCUGCCCCGCUCUCUCACGGUCACCCUGGUCGCCCUGGGGUCCAUUUUGGAUACAUCCACGGUACAUGUAUUGGGUGCCAUUUUGGAUACAUCCACAGUACAUGUAUUGGGUGCCAUUUUGGACACAUCCACGGUACAUGUAUUGCCCAGACCGAAUAAUAGUGACCUAACACCUCUCUUUGUCUUCCAGAAAUCCUCCAAGGCAUCAGAGGAUGGUGAUCUGAAGAGAGACAGAACGGAGAGAAAGAGCGUCGGUUUCCACAACUCUGUCAGUGUGAUCUCAGCGGGCGGAGGAGACAGCAGUAUCACCACCAGCACCAUGGAGGUGGACGCCCACCCUGAGAGCUGCUACCCCAGCCAAGGGCUCAACGGCCAGGGCAACAAACACCAGCACCAGCCCCUGGACAUUGAGGUAGCUCACGAGAUAGCCUACCUAGACGAGGUGUUGGAAGCUAACUGCUGUGACCCCGGGGUCGAUAGCACACCAUCGCCCUCUAACGGAACCGCGACUACUGAGAAACACCCCAGGGAGGUCAGCAUCGACGGGACUGGACCAUCUGUCAACAUCUCCAACACAGACACAACAUGCCAUGAGGUCAUAGUAGAGGGGAGAAAGCAGACUAUCUUCAUUAAACACCAGGAUGUCAAUUACACCAACAACAGCAAUAACACCAGGCCCAACGGCCACUCUGGACCAAUGGCAGGAGAGCAGGAGAACUACAGGAAGAAGGGAGGAGAGACAACAUCCCCCACUAUGACCACCAUCAAGAAGGAGGCCCGUUUCGAGCUGCGGGCCUUCCAGGAGGAGAAGAAGCCGUCCAAGCUGUUCGAUCCGUGUGAGAAGGAGGUGCGCGUGAAGAAGGUGCGUCCCUCGGAGGAGGUGGCAGAGCUGGAGAGGGAGAGGUUGGAGCUGAUCAGGGGCCAGGCGGUAAAGAAGAACCCAGACAUGGGGACAAAGUGGUGGAACCCUCCUCAGGAGAAGAGUCUGGAGGAGGAGCUGGAGCCAGACAAACUAGAGUCACACAGGAAGUACGAGGAGAGGAAGCAGCAGAGGAGGUCAGAGUUCACUGGUGGGAUGUCCCAGACGUACGCCCAGUACUCCAUGGCCUUUGACCCUAAAGCUGACCCUGAGCCUGGCCGCGACACGGAGUACAUCCUGGUGGAGCAGAUGGACUUCUCUACCGCCAGGAAGCAGUUCCUCCAGAUAGAACAUGCAAGGCAGCAGGCAGCCGAGAGGUCACAGGUCACAGCUCCCAACUCGGCCAAGCCCUUCUCCAGAUCAUCAGACACCGUGAUCCACGUGGAGAGAUCCUCCGAUUACGUCACUGUGGGCUACAGCAAUUACCAGGACUCACCACUAGAGGACGGCGACGCAACCACUACAACGGUCCGGACAGAGAGGAUCUACUGCAGCCCAGAAGGGUCCCAGUCCCCCACCUCUACCGUGGGGAGGGUCCUGGGCCUGGGACAGGGAGAGCCCAGUAAUAGUGGCUCCAAGGAGGCCUGGAUGGAGAACAGAUACAGAGACGAAGACUUUACCUGCGCCAGGGCCAUCAUGACCAUCAUAAAAGAUGAGAAGGACUCUCUGUCCCUCCAGCAUCGUUCCUCCUCCCUCCACAGCCCCAGCGCUUCUCUGUCCUCCUGCAACCGCAAUGAAUGUGACUCCGGGCUGGACGAGCAGUCCCUGCGUUCCCUGGAUAACUCUAUGCUGGAUACCCUGUCAAAAGACUUCAGCAUGAAUAACGUAUCCGACAGUGGGGCGUCAAACGAGACCAUGUCGGCCUCCUACCUGGGGGAGACAUCUCUGGGGGAGUACUCCUUCCCCUCCACCCCACAGACCACUACACCCGUCAACGGAAAGAUGGAGGGAGGCACUACCAUGUCUCCUGGGGAGCAGAACGAGGGAAGUCAGGGUCUGUCGGAGCAAGAGCUGGAGUACCAUGCAGGUAUGCUGGUGCAGUGUAUCAUCCAGCACGCCCUGAUGAACCAGAACCAGUCUCAGCAGGGUGAGGAGUGGCAGGGGGUCUCCCCCCUCCCCCUCCAAGAGAGGCACGUAGACGUUCUAUCUUCUGGGAACCUUUCAUCACUACCAACAGAGUAUCAGUCACUCACACCUCUAGACCUCCACUCUCCUCCACCUCCCCAGCUCCACUCACCUUCAAGUCCAAUGCAACAGUCACCAACACCCUUACAGUCCCUCCAGUCAGCCCCACCCCAGUACCAGUCAACUCCAUCACCUCAGCCGCUGUCACCUCCAGCAAAGUUCCAGUCAAGUCCAACCCAAUAUCAGUCUCCUUCACCCCAGCUCCAGCCUCUCCCAACCCAGGUAGAGAGACCUACCUAUGUCCAGGUAGAGAGACCUACCUAUGUCCAGGUAGAGAGACCUACCUAUGUCCAGAUGGAGAGACCUACCUACGCCCCCCUUCCACAGAGAUCUUCCUCCGGGGGGCCUAAGAUCCUCAUCCAGUCCGCACUCAGUCGCUCACUGGCCCUAAACCCAGACCCGGUCCCAGUCCGCACUCCUGUCCUCAUCCCUCCCCGUCCCAUAGAGCCCUAUCAGGCUCCAGAGCUGUCCCGGACCCCGAGUGAAAAGGACCAGUUCAGUUACUUCUCUAAGUACUCCGAGGCGGCCGAGCUACGCAGCACAGCCGCAGCGACCAGAACCCAGGAGACGGAGCAGAGCACCGGGCCGUUCAAGCUGCGCUCCCGGAAGCAGAGGACUCUGUCCAUGAUCGAGGAAGAGAUCCGAGCGGCGCAGGAGAGAGAGAAAGAGCUGAAGAAGCAAAGACUGGGAGCGGUGCGGUCAGGACCGGAUCCCAGAACCAACCAGACUGGCAGACCCAAGACGAUGACUAUCAACCCCGGGGACAAGCACAAGACCAACAGUCUGCCCGCCAAACUCAGCCUCACCAGCAUGACGGCACCAGGUAAGAUAAAUCCUCCUGCAUCCCCCUCCUCGUCUGAGAAUCCUUCUGCAUCCCCCUCCUCGUCUGAGAAUCCUUCUGCAUCCUCCUCCUCGUCUGAGAAUCCUUCUGCAUCCCCCUCCUCGUCUGAGAAUCCUCCUGCAUCCCCCUCCUCGUCUGAGAAUCCUUCUGCAUCCUCCUCCUCGUCGGAGAAUCCUUCGCCCCUCUUGGACCUGGGCAAUGACGACUCGGGGGGCAGCGGGCGCCCCAAAAACUUCAUGCAGACCCUGAUGGACGACUACGAGACUCACAAAGUGAAGCGCCGGGAGAAAGGAGAGGACAACAGCGUGUUGGAGGCCACCCGCGUCACCCGCAGGAAAAGCAACAUGGCGCUGAGGUGGGAGGCGGGGCUUUACACUAACGAGGACGGAGAAGAGGAGGAAGAGGAGGAAGAGGAGUAGUCGACUACCAGGGAUGGAAGGAGGAGGGACAGAGCAGAAACACAACUACCAAGUAUUUAUUUUUUCUAAAGUAUUCUGAUCACAUGACCCGUCACAUGAUCUACUGGAUGGACCAACCUGGAGCAUCAGCACCAAGCGACGGACAAGUAACCGUGACGACAACAACAGUGCGUUCCCGGGCAGGUCAUGUCCAAGGUUCCAUUUUGGAAUGUUUAGAUUUUUCCAGAUAAAAGGUGUGUAAAGGACUGUGUGAACUAUGCAGAUGAUGACAACAACGAUGAGACUCUUGUGGUAUUGAAGUGGAUAUUAUUGGAGGAUUGAUUUGACACAGAGACAUUACGCCUGCCAAGUGAUCCUAGAGUGGUGUCAGGGAGGAUGUCAGACUGAAUUGAAUCACUGGAGAGAAAAUAAACUGCAUUCCCUAUGGCCCCCUAUUCCCUAUGUAGUGCACUAGAUUUAAACAGAGUAGUGAACUAGAUAGGGAAUAGGGGAGCCAUUUUUCUGUUGAAGCCACAGGUCUGGCCUUUCUCCAGGUUACAGUUUCAUCCAACAGAAAACUAUGUUACUGGGACUUGAUCCCUUUUUGGCGACUGCAUGACGAUAUUUAACCUCAUAUAAUACCAGUAUUUAUCUAAAAGCUAAGACUGUGGCGUAUAUAAAUAGAUAUUGCUAUCACUCUUCUUCUUCAGUGAUUUAAAUGAGUUGAUAUUUCUAAAGCAAUAACAAUGGAAAUCGUUUCUUCUUUCCUGCUGAUGAUGUCGAUGAUGUACUGUAGCCUCGAACCAUUCAUACGAGCUCGUCUGAAAGUGUACAGUGCAUUCGGCUGUAUUUAGACCCCUGGACUUCUCCCACAUGUUAUUGCCUUAUUCUAAAAUCGAUUAAAAAAAUGUUUUUCAUCAAUCUCCA